AUGUUGUCAAUGGCAGUAACAGUUAAAAACAGAAGGCUACAGGUGUUGGUUAGCAGGCUCCUCGCGGAAGGCGAAGGAGAGCCCGGCGCCGGCCCCUCCCCUCCCCUCCGCCCGCCGCCGUCAAUCAACGCCCCCCGGCAGGGACUCGGCUCGGGGGCGCGGCCCGGGGCGGGGCGGGAUCGCGGCGCGUCGAGGGCCCCCCACAGCCGCCAGCCGGGGAGCGGCGAGCCCGCCGCCCACGAAACUCAAGUUGCCGCGACCGAGGCCGGCCGACGGGGCGGUCCGUGCGCGGCCGCAGAGAGAAGCGGCGCCCCGGCCGGGCCUCGGGCCUGCCUCGCUCACCUCUCGGGGUGCGCCGCCUUCCUCCGCCGCUGCCGCCGCCUCCUCCCUGUGAGCGCAGCGGGGUCUGACCUGUGGAACCACCAUACCAGUCCCGCCCGCUGCUGCAGCGCCGCCGCCGCCGCCGCUCCUCUCCGCCUCAGUCGCUGCUCUUUGUUCCCCCUCCGAGAGCCGCCGCUUCAGCCGCCCGCCUCAGCCGCCCCGGCGGGCCGCCACUACGCCCUCCCGCCCUCUCGGCCCCCGGCCUCGCCCUCCUCGCUGCGCCCGCCGCUGCCUUCGCCUCCGCGCCGCCGACGCCGCCGACACCGACGCCGACGCCUCCUCCUCCGCGCCCCCCUCGUUUUCAUUGAAAGCAAACAAGCAUCAUGGCGGCGGGCGCCGUCCCUCAGCCAGCGAGCGCCCGGACCGCCGCCGGCACGCCAACAUCCCGGCCGCUCAUUGGCCGCCGUCGCUGGGCGCAACCAUCCGGCCUUCGGCGCGGGGGUCGCUGCGGCCCGCCGCGGCCUAGGCCCCGCCCCUCACCCCCGCGCUGAGGAACUGUGGUCCGGCCCGGCGCGCUGCGGGCCCUGCUCCCGGCCUCCCCCGUCCUCUUUCCGUCCAUCCUUGGUCUCCUUCUGUUCCCGCUCUCCCCGCUCCGUUCCUGCCUUGGCACUUCUGUUUUCUCCUCUCUGUAGCGCUCCUCCAUUUUUCAUCUACUUUUUCUGCCUCGGGUGGUCCACUUUUUUUUUUUUUUUUUGAGACGGAGUCUCGCUCUGUCGCCCAGGCUGCAGUGCAGGGGCGCGAUCUCGGCUCACUGCAAGCUCCGCCUCCCGGGUUCACGCCAUUCUCCUGCCUCAGCCUCCCGAGUAGCUGGGACUACAGGCGCUGCCACCUCGCCCGGCUAAUUUUUUUUUUUAUUUUUAGUAGAGACGGGGUUUCACCGUGUUAGCCAGGAUGGUCUCGAUCUCCUGACCUCGUGAUCCGCCCGCCUCGGCCUCCCAGAUGCAGGGAUUACAGGCGUGAGCCACCGCGCCCGGCCGGGUUGUCCGCUUUUAUCUCUUCUCUUCCCUCUUCCUUGAUCCUCCUCCCCUUUUUUUCUCCUUUUCCUUUUCCUUAAGCCUUCGCCUGUCAUUGACGUCGAAACACAGGUAUUUGCCCGGAGCCAGUAUCUUGAUCUGCCUAAAGACAAGACAAUCAGUCGUGAGCAGGCGAAUGUUAUUCCUUCCUCAAUGACGCAGAAAAAGAACAGAAAAGUUCUCCAAGUCCCCACUCGACCCAGGAAGUCCGGCUGGCUUCACCUCUCACUAGGGGCACCUGCAGGAGACACAGCAGAUGUGGGCAUCUUUGACGUGUCUGGAGCUUCUUCCUUCUGGUGACUUCAUGGUCUCACUAACUUCAGGAGUGAAGCUGCAGACCUUCACGAGUGUUACAGCUCAUAAAUAUGACACGGACGCAGAGUGAGCAGCAGGAAGAUUUACUGCAAACAGCGAAGACCACAUGCAAUGGAAUUUCGCUGUUUCACCUAGGCUGGAGUGCAGUGGCACAGUCUCAGCUCAUUGCAGCCUCUGCCACCUGGUGUGUCCGGAGUUGGUUCCUUCUGGUGGGUUCCUGGUGUGGCUGAGUUCAAGAAUGAAGCGGUGGACCUUCGCGCCAGGUACUGCGAUCUCUCACCUGGUUUCCUGAGCUCGCGUGAAGAUAUUUUCAAGCAUGAAUAGUUGUUCAAAUUGAUGUUUCUGUGGCGGGACAAUCACUGUAAAGUCCUAUUUUGCCGUCUUGCUUCACUCCUAUCCAGCAAAAGAGAGAAUCUUCAAAGCAUCACAAGAGAAGUAAACUUGUCACAUAUAAGGGAUCCUCAAUAAAAUUAACAGCUGAUUUCUCGUCAGAAACCGUGGAGGCCAGAAGGUUGGCAUAUUUAAAAUGAUGAAAGAAAAAAACUGUCAACCAAGAAUUGUAUAUCCAAAAAACAAUUCCUUAAAAAAUUUGUAAUUUAAUUUUUAUUUCUAAUAAAAUGAACACUUCACAAA